GCCGCGCAUCCUCGGCCCGCGCCCCGCGCCCGCUCCGCACCGGCUCCGCACCGGCCCCGCGACCCGCGCCCGGCUCCUGCGGCGGGCGGCGGCCAUGAGGCUGCGGGCGCGCGGUCCCCGGGCCGCCCCCGGCUCCAGCGCCGCCUCCAGCGUGGGGGCCGGCGACGUGCGGCGGCUGGCGCCCCCGGGGAACCCCUUCGUGCACGAGCUGCGCCUCAGUGCCCUGCAGAAGGCCCAGGUCGUGCUCAUGACGCUGACGCUCUUCCCGGUGCGGCUGCUGCUCGUCGUGGCCAUGAUGCUGCUCGCGUGGCCCUUCACAUUCUUCGCGUCGCUGCGCUCUGCAGACGGGGACCCCGAGCAGCCCCCAGCUGUCUGGCGCAAGGUAGUGGACUUCCUGCUCAAGGCCAUCAUGCGCACCAUGUGGUUUUCCGGAGGCUUCCACUGGGUGGUCAUGAAGGGUCAGCAGGCCUCUCCGUCGGAGGCCGCCAUCCUCACGCUGGCUCCACACUCCUCCUACUUCGAUGCCAUUGCCGUCACCCUGACGAUGUCGUCCAUCGUGAUGAAGGCGGAGAGCAGAGACAUCCCAAUAUGGGGAACUCUGAUAAAGUACAUCCGGCCGGUGUUCGUGUCUCGGUCCGACCAGGACUCCCGCAGGAAGACCGUGGAGGAGAUCAGGAGGCGCGCACAGUCCAAUGGAAAGUGGCCACAGAUAAUGAUUUUUCCAGAAGGAACGUGUACCAACAGGACCUGCCUCAUUACCUUCAAGCCCGGCGCCUUCAUCCCGGGGGUCCCCGUGCAGCCCGUGGUUCUGCGGUACCCGAACGAACUGGACACCAUCACGUGGACGUGGCAAGGACCCGGCGCGUUGGAGACCCUGUGGCUCACACUGUGUCAGUUUCACAAUCGUGUGGAAAUCGAGUUCCUGCCUGUGUACAGCCCGUCGGAGGAGGAGAAGAAGGACCCUGCGCUGUACGCCAGCAACGUGCGGCGCGUCAUGGCCGAGGCCCUGGGCAUCUCCGUAACCGACUACACAUUUGAGGACUGCCAGCUCGCCCUGGCGGAAGGACAGCUCCGGCUUCCCGCGGACACCUGCCUUCUCGAAUUCGCUAGGCUUGUGAGGCGCCUGGGGUUAAAGCCAGAAACGCUUGAGAAAGAUCUGGCUAGAUAUUCUGAAAGCGCCAGGACACAGAGGGGAGGACGGAUGGGCCUCCCCGAGUUCGCGGAGUACCUGGGCGUCCCAGUCUCGGACACGCUGGAGGACAUGUUCUCCCUGUUUGAUGAGAGCGGAGAAGGCAGGAUGGACCCUCGGGAGUACGUGGUCGCCCUGUCUGUCGUCUGCCGGCCUGCCCGAACUCUGGACACCAUCCAGCUGGCAUUCAAGAUGUACGGGUCACAGGACGGUGACAUCAAUGAGGACGCCCUGUCCAGCAUCCUCAAGACUGCCCUAGGGGUGGCAGAGCUCAGCGUGACCAACCUCUUCCAGGCCAUUGACCAGAAAGGGACGGGGCGGAUCACAUUUGCGGAUUUCUGCAGUUUUGCAGAAACGUUCCCCAACUUCGCAGAGGAGUACCUAUACCCCAAGCAGACACACUCGGACGGCAGCGCACAGACGCCACUCGCUCCAACCCCCAAUGGCUUCUGCGCAGACUUCAGCCCCGAAAACUCGGAUUUUGGAAGGAAACCUUUCCGUGAGAAACUGGACUAGGACAGAAGGUUCUGGAGAGAUGUGGCUCUGUGCGUGUGCCGGCCUCGGCCCGAGUUCCAUGACACCCAGGGUUGUUCUAACCCUGGUCCUCCGCAGGGAGCCGUGUAGGGAUGGGGCUGUGUGAGCCCCAGGGCGCUGUCCCUCCCGCGACGCCGGCUGUAGCCGAGUCCCCUGCACUGUCCCGGGUCACUUGCCACCGUGGUUUUCCCUCACAUUCCUGUCGGAGUCUGCGUUCGGCGGCUCGCACAAGUGGACGGGCCUCCACACGCACAGGCGACACGCGUGAGACCAAGACGUGUCACGUGCAUUUUGAUUCCAGCACAAAUCCUCUGCCGGCCUCUGUGGGGUCACAGCGAGGCAGGGCCUGUCUGAUUUUUAAACAUUUCUAUAUUUGUGAGAACUCAUGAGUAUUUUCUAAACUUCAUUUAGAUACUUCAGGAAGCAUUCAGCAUUUUUAAAAAAAGAAGAAAAAAUUGUUUUCUACUUCAUUUUUUCCUUUGAGGGCCAGAGGAUAUUUAUUUAUGGGCCCUUUUUUGAUAGAACCCGAGGCUGUCUGGGGCUUUGACUUAAACCUCUCUGUGACCUCUCUUGACCAGGUACAUUCCAGCGUCUGGCUCCGCCGCACACCCCGGCCCAGGCGCCUUUUCUGCUUCUUUAAUCCCUUUCAAACCCCCUCUUUUUUAUAGACGUCACCAGCUCGGUGUUUGUUUAACGUCAUGUCAUCCACGUCCCUGUGGCCCCCGGCCCGGCUGGGGCGACUGGCAGGGCACUCCCUGUGGACACCUGCCCGGCCGCCCACCCGCACCCCUCGUGCAUGCCAGCCGCGUCCCGCCCCGCGGCCCCCGCCCAGCGUCCUGGAAGGCGCCGGGGCCUGCACCUGAGUCGGGGCGAGGAGCAGGGUCUCCGCACACGGGGGGUGGGGGGCUCCCCCACCCCGGCCCAGCCCGGCCUCACAGCUCCUGCCACAGACGCCCACUCUUCAAGCACACGGGACCACAGCCUCUAGCUGGGUCUGAAGCGAAGCCUCCAGGUUUGCUUGGGGAAAAAGUCCUUUUGAAUUUUUAAAUGAAUUGGAUUUUGUAUUUGGGUGUCUCCGUAGAACGUGACCACCAGGGCCACCAGAAAAAACACUCGCGGGCCUCCCCGGGCGUAUGGGUGCACACUCCCACCCUGCACACGCGGCCUCCCCGGCGCACGGUCGUCGCCGGCUUGUCGCUGCAGGAGGCACAGAAAUUCAUUCUUCGAAGAGGAACGUCCAAGGGACCCAUGAAGGAGGCAAACAAACGAAGAUACUCUGCGGGUGGGGACCCCCACGUGGCCCCCGCACCCCGGGUCUGCGCAUGAAGGGCUUUUUGAAUGAGGCGCCACCGAGCGUUCAGGAAGAGUCUCUGAGAGCAGACCCAGAACGGACGUUUGUCCCUCCCGAUCCCCUUCCCCGCCGCCGCUCCGCGUCCUGGACCGAGCGUGUGCGUAGCCUGGGAGUCCGUCCCUUCGGUGGGAUGGGCGGACGGAAGAGGCCCCAGGAGGACUGGGGUCCCUCGGGUUUUCCGUGGAAUGAAUAAAAUGUAGUCUCGCCCACAUGACGA